AUGAUUGUGCUAUUCUUCUUUGCCUUGCUCUGGAUGGUGGAGGGAGUCUACUGCCAGCUUCACUACACGGUGGAGGAGGAGCAGGAACAUGGCACUUUCGUGGGGAAUAUCGCCGAGGAUCUGGGCUUGGACAUUACAAAACUUUCGGCUCGCCGCUUCCAGACGGUGCCCAACUCGCGGACCCCGUACCUGGACCUCAACCUGGAGACCGGGGUGCUGUACGUGAACGAGAAGAUCGACCGCGAGCAGAUCUGCAAGCAGAGCCCGUCGUGCGUGCUGCACCUGGAGGUCUUCCUGGAGAACCCCCUGGAGCUGUUCCGGGUGGAGAUCGAGGUGCUGGACAUCAACGACAACCCGCCCGCCUUCCCGGAGCCCGACCUGACCGUGGAGAUCUCGGAGAGCGCCACGCCGGGCACCCGCUUCCCCCUGGAGAGCGCCUUCGACCCGGACGUGGGCACAAACUCGCUGCGCGACUACGAGAUCACCCCCAACAGCUACUUCUCCCUGGACGUGCAGACGCAGGGUGACGGCAACCGCUUCGCCGAGCUGGUGCUGGAGAAGCCGCUGGACCGCGAGCAGCAGGCGGUGCACCGCUACGUGCUGACCGCGGUGGACGGGGGCGGCGGCGGCGGCGGCGGCGCCGGCGGGGAGGGCGCGGGGCUGCCCCCGCAGCAGCAGCGCACCGGCACGGCCCUGCUCACCAUCCGCGUGCUCGACUCCAACGACAACGUGCCCGCCUUCGACCAGCCCGUCUACACCGUGUCCCUGCCCGAGAACUCGCCGCCGGGCACGCUGGUGCUGCAGCUCAACGCCAGCGACCCCGACGAGGGCCCCAACGGCGAGGUGGUCUACUCGUUCAGCAGCCACAUCUCCCCACGCGCGCGCGAGCUCUUCGGCCUGUCGCCGCGCAGCGGGCGGCUGGAGGUGAGCGGCGAGCUGGACUACGAGGAGAGCCCCGUGUACCAGGUGUACGUGCAGGCCAAGGACCUGGGCCCCAACGCCGUGCCCGCGCACUGCAAGGUGCUGGUGCGCGUGCUGGACGCCAACGACAACGCGCCCGAGAUCAGCUUCAGUACCGUGAAGGAGGCGGUGAGCGAGGGCGCGGCGCCGGGCACCGUGGUGGCCCUGUUCAGCGUCACCGACCGCGACUCGGACGAGAACGGGCAGGUGCAGUGCGAGCUGCUGGGCGACGUGCCGUUCCGCCUCAAGUCCUCCUUCAAGAACUACUACACCAUCGUCACCGAGGCGCCGCUCGACCGCGAGGCGGGCGACGCGUACACGCUGACCGUGGUGGCGCGCGACCGCGGCGAGCCGGCGCUGGCCACCAGCAAGUCCAUCCAGGUGCGGGUGGCCGACGUGAACGAUAACGCGCCGCGCUUCAGCCAGCCCGUCUACGACGUGUACGUGACCGAGAACAACGUGCCCGGCGCCUACAUCUACGCCGUGAGCGCCACGGACCGCGACGAGGGCGCCAACGCGCAGCUCGCCUACUCCAUCCUCGAGUGCCAGAUCCAGGGCAUGAGCGUCUUCACCUACGUGUCCAUCAACGCCGAGAACGGCUACCUGUACGCGCUGCGCUCCUUCGACUACGAGCAGCUCAAGGACUUCAGCUUCCAGGUGGAGGCGCGCGACGCGGGCAGCCCGCAGGCGCUGGCGGGCAACGCCACGGUCAACAUCCUCAUCGUGGACCAGAACGACAACGCGCCCGCGCUCGUGGCGCCGCUGCCCGGCCGCAACGGCACGCCGGCCCGGGAGGCGCUGCCGCGCGCCGCCGAGCCCGGCUACCUGCUGACCCGCGUGGCCGCCGUGGACGCCGACGACGGCGAGAACGCGCGCCUCACCUACAGCCUGCUGCGCGGCAACGACCUCAACCUCUUCCGCCUGGACUGGCGCUCGGGGGAGCUGCGCACCGCGCGCCGCGUGCCCGCCAAGCGCGACCCCCAGCGGCCCUACGAGCUGGUGAUCGAGGUGCGCGACCACGGGCAGCCGCCGCUGUCGUCCACGGCCACGCUGCUCGUGCAGCUGGUGGACGGCGCGGCCGAGCCCCCCGGCGCGGGCGGGGGCGCGGGCGGGGGCCCCGGGGAGGCGCCGCGGCCGGGCCGCGCGGGCGGCGGCGGCGGCGGCGGCGGCGCCGAGACGUCGCUGGACCUCACGCUCAUCCUCAUCAUCGCGCUGGGCUCGGUGUCCUUCGUCUUCCUACUGGCCAUGAUCGUGCUGGCCGUGCGCUGCCAGAAGGAGAAGAAGCUCAACAUCUACACGUGCCUGGCGGGCGAGUGCUGCCCGUGCUGCUGCGGCGGCGGCGCGGGGGGCGCGGGGGGCGCGGGCUGCUGCGGCCGCCAGGCCCGCGCGCGCAAGAAGAAGCUCAGCAAGUCGGACAUCAUGCUGGUGCAGAGCUCGGGCGCGCCGGGCAGCGCCGCGCAGGUGCCCGUGGAGGAGGCGGGCGGCUUCGGCUCGCACCACCACAGCCAGAACUACUGCUACCAGGUCUGCCUGACCCCCGAGUCGGCCAAGACCGACCUGAUGUUCCUCAAGCCCUGCAGCCCCUCGCGCAGCACGGACGCCGAGCACAACCCGUGCGGGGCCCUCGUCACCGGCUACGGCGACCCGCAGCCCGACAUCAUCUCCAACGGCAGCAUUCUGUCCAACGAGACUAAGCACCAGCGAGCAGAGCUCAGCUUUCUAGUUGACAGACCUCGCCGAGUUAACAGUUCUGCGUUCCAGGAAGCCGACAUAGUGAGCUCUAAGGACAGUGGUCACGGGGACAGCGAGCAGGGAGAUAGUGACCACGAUGCCACCAACCGCGGCCAGUCAGCUGGCAUGGAUCUCUUCUCCAACUGCACGGAGGAGUGCAAGGCGCUGGGCCACUCGGACCGCUGCUGGAUGCCCUCGUUCGUGCCCUCCGACGGCCGCCAGGCCGCCGACUACCGCAGCAACCUGCACGUGCCGGGCAUGGACUCCGUCCCGGACACCGAGGUGUUCGAGGCCCCCGAGGCCCAGCCGGGCCCCGAGCGCUCCUUCUCCACCUUCGGCAAAGAGAAGGCGCUGCACAGCUCGCUGGAGAGGAAGGAGCUGGACGGCCUGCUCUCCAGCUCGCGCGCGCCUUACAAACCGCCCUACUUGACACGGAAAAGGAUAUGCUAGUCAAUUCUACAGGACUUACCUGAAGCAGCAUGAUUUGCACAAAGUCGACCAACAAAAGCAUCAACUUUUCAACUUCAUUAUCUUGGCCCUCCAGUUAGUUGCGUGUAACUGAGGCUUAGAUUUCCGGCGGGAUCAUCGCGGCCAAUGAUAGGACCUAAUUGCUCUCAGCAGGCCUGAGAAAUGAGUUGAAAUGUGCAGAACUGUAGAGACUUUAGAGGCGGCUGACUUUGCCUCCUAGAUCAGUGUGUGCCUGUUUACAGCACUAUAUAUCUUUCUCUCUCCAAAUGUCACUGAGCCCUUUAGAUGUUUAUAUUCACCACGAGAAGCCAGUCAUAAAGAUAAAGGAAAUUUGUGCAUUAUAAAUGCAAUAUCACUGUUUGAAACUUGACUGUUUUAUAUUAUUUUUGUGUGAUCAAGUGUUCCCCAAACUAUUCCAACUUUACAAGAGAGAUUGUGAUUAUGUUCUUUUCACCUGUGGGUUAUAAAAUAUGUUGUAUUCUAAGGACCCACAAAAUAUCAAAGACAUUCUGUAGUUUAUACACCGUGUUGCAAAGUGUUUACUGUACUAUUUCAAAGCUUCUAAAUAAAUAUAAAAUAUAUAUAUUAUAUUAUAUAAUUUUCCUAAAAUGUGGUACAACUCAGUUGGUUUUUAAAUGGAUUCAUACAGUCCACAUCAUACAAUAAAGUAAAAGGUAAUUCAGGGUCCCAAAGAUAAACUUACUAAGAAAAUAAACAGCAUUAAUAGUUUCCUCAUUUAUUUCUCAUUCAACCCUGUUUUUCCUUGUUCAAAAGAAAACGAAGCUCUAAGCUACACGAUUUUGUCAAGUACUCGUAGGGAAUUUUCAAUGCCAAAGAUAGAGCUGUCGAUGUUAUCAGAACACUAAACAUAUCUUCUCAAAAUAUCGAACACUCUACAUUAUUUCAAUUUUAUGGCUUUGAAUUUAGCAUCAUUUAAAGCUUUUAUAAAGAAUCUAUAAAUUCAUCUGUAUUUGUUGUUAGAAAAAAACACUGGGUGUCUGUACAUUUUGUGGUGUAAAACGUGUAACUGAAGAUGCCUAUUUUAAGGAAUCCUUGAUCAUAGAACUUGCAGAGAAUUUUAUUUUGCAUAGUUUUUCAUAGUUUUAUGAUUCUUACUAAUGGCACACGGAUAUAAAAGCUACUUAAAACUAUGAAAUUAUAGAGGCAUAUAAAUAUUUGAGCUGGUAAAGCAUAGCAUUAAGCUAUAAACAAUCUCUAAAUUUAAAACAGAUUAAAUCAGUCUGGAGAUAGAAACAUGGUAGACUAUUAUUCCAGUAUUAUCUUACGUAGCUUAAAUGUAGUCACAGUUUUAGUAACGAGAAAAUUCUUCAUGAGUCAGCCUAGAAAAGUGAAGCUUGGAAUUUAUUUUCAUGUCAAUAAGGUUAAUUAUUAAGUUCAAUGAGAUGCAUUUUUCUUUAGUUUACAUUUUUUAACUGUUGUUUCUUAUUUGUCAAAACCCAGUGAAGGGAGGAGGAAAUCAAGGAAUGUGGAUCAUCUGCUAAAAAAAAAAUAUUCAAGGAAAGGAUGUUUCAGCUCCUCCUCAUAGCCUUCAACAUUGCUGUCUAAAUGGUGCCCAAAUCAAUUGCAGAUCAACUUUGAAAUAGUUUCCCUCCUCUUUACCUGAUCUCUGGUACAAGGAUAGCGUAAACAGAGCUAAAUUAUCAAAGAGUCCAACACUUGAUGCAUGACACAUGUCCCACGGAAUGUUUUCUCAUUUCAGUGGCAAUUAUUCCAUUCGUCUUAACAUUAGAACACAGACAUGUAUUUACAGUUCCUCUGCAUACAUAUUUGAGUGAUCUCUCGGUGUCACUCAUUGUCAUCAUCCUAGAUAUUGAUCUACCCUAAUCCCAACAGAUUCAUAUAGCAAAAGCAUAUGCUCAGUGUCCCCAGUUUUGGGGACCCUUUAAAAAUCGCUGAAGCCAAGCCCUCAUCUUUGACACACAGAAAGCACAUCUACUCAGUGCAGCCGCUAACAUUAUUUUCAAGUUUUGGCAUAACUACAUUGAUAUUUUGAUGCCAGACAAAUUUAGUAAGGAAACAUUUCUAUGUAAUUAAACGGAGGUGGGGCGGGAAGUGUUCUAUCAUCGCUUUUUAAACAAGAAAACAGUUUUCUUGUUGAAUCACCCUGAUUUAAUUAAAACCUUUCAUUCAUUAUUUUUCAACUAAGAGGAAAAUCAUUCAUCCAUCUGCUUAUUGCAUGCAUGGAAAAUAAGAUUAAUUCACUUCGUAUGUAUAUAAUAUAUGAGGUGAGUUAUCAAUUCAUUUGUUUUAAAGACAUUGUAUUUAAUUAUUUAACCCUUAAUAGCUUUGUACAUAAUCCUUCUGGAACCAACUUCUUAUCUCAUGUAUGUGUUUACUGUUCAUUUAUAUAGUGCAGUAGCCAGUUAUAUUAAUUGCAUUUUAGUUUUAAAUUGUAUCAUCAAUUUACAAAAAAGAGAGCAAAACGUAAUUUGUGAGGCAAAUAGAAUUUUUUAAACAUAAAAUAUUAAUGAUAAGCUUAUUAGUCAACUAUGUAUCACAUCUAGAAUAAAUCAGAAGUCACAACAGCGUAAGAAUAUGAUGUUAAUAAAUGUCCAAAAUGUUUUAUACUAGUGAGGGACAUUAUAAAGAGUAGAAAUACAACGGACCGAUUAUGAAGGUUCACAAAUAAACAUUUAUUAAGCUAUUAUGUAAAUGAAUUUUGUAAUAGGUAUUCCAUUUAAUCCUAUAUCCUAAUACCCAACUUUUUAAUUUUAUACACAUCAAUGAAAAAUAAUAUCCAAAGGCUCCAUAUUUCACCAAUAAACUGUUUCAGAAAUAAAAAGUCAAGAUAUUUACUCCUUGUGAACAUGGUUAGUUUUAGAGUAGUAAGAAGUCAAAAUAUUUUCCUGUGGAAACAUUAAUGUCUUAAUGUCUCAAAGUAUGUCAAAUGACAUUUUUUUUAGAAAUGAUUUAUCCAUCUAUAAAGUUCUAAUUUUUAACUUUUGAAUAUAAUUUUGUGAAAUCAUUUAAAAUCAAAUAUCUAAAUAUCAUCUGAGUGACUUCACGGAUAUGAAAUCUGUAUCAUUAUAAGUAUAUUGUUUUUGCUGAGAAAUAUGAUGAAAAUGUGAAUCUUUUCUUUAAGAAAUUGAAAUGCAAUGUCUACUAACAUUGCAAAUAACACAAUAGAUUAACAUUUUAAUUCUUUAUUUUUCUCUUUCACUUAAUAGUGCUAUAAUUUGCUAUCAGAUUGUCUCCUAUAUAGAAAACCUUCAGAUUCUCCAGUAAGAGAAAAAAAUUCUCACAGUGUUCACAUAAACUUUAGCAAAUCUGUAUUAACUGUAACUUUUACAUUCUAAAAGUUAAUGCAGUUAAGUUAAUCACUAAUAAAAUUGUGCAAUCAGAAUGUGACAAAUAAUCAGGCUAAGGAAUAAGCAUUCAUUUUCCUGACUGACAAUCACCCUUCCGUUUGUCUUCACUUCUGUUUUUUCUCCCUUCAUAUUUCUCAGCAUGCAUUUAAUACCCGAGGAAACUCAAAAAAUGGUUGUGACAUCAGUAGACUUGAUAUUUUUUCUGAAAAUCCUAUAUUUUUCAUAUUACAAUUUCCUGGGUUCUUUAUCUUUUUCAACUUCUAAUUUUGUAGUGCUAAAUGCUUUGCAUGCACUUAACAUCCUUUUUACGUUCCUUUUUAACAAGGAAAAAUAGAAAAACAAAAUUCCAUAUUUUUUAUGCCAUGGAGUAGCAAAAUUAUUUUAUAUAGAGUUAGCACUUCAAGGACACUUCUCUCCUAGGUCCGACAAAAUUCUUCUCUAGCGAUUUGUGGAAAACUCCUGUUCCCUAGAGUAUUUUUUCCUCGUGACCCUUGGCAUAGAUUUAGAAUAUAGCAUUCCCCAAGAAUGCAGAAGACUAGGUGCCGCCGAGUAUUGCAGGCAAUAAUUUGACUAGAGUCUAAUACCUUUAGUGUGCAUGCAUGGAUUUCUAAUCAUUGUUAUUUUUUAAGUAUUUGUAAAACCAGAAAAAAAAAAGGCUUUUAUUUCUUAAAAAAAAAACAAAACUAAACUAAACAAAAAUCUUGUCACAUGCUUAGUUUAAAACACUCCAGGUAUUUUUGGGUUACGUGAAAAUGCUACACCAAUAAUGCAGAAAAAUGGUAAAUUUUCACAUGAGACUCAAAAAUCUCUACUGGUAAAACUCCUCAGACAUGCAACCCGUUUAUCCAUCGAUCGCUGGGCUGAAAGCAAGGCAGGGAAUUUCAGCUCCUCUAAACACAUUUUCAAGACAGUUAUCUGUGAGUGAAAACAGGGUAUUAUAAUAAAAGAUGAGUUUAAAUCUUAACUAUAGUGUUGUUACUGUGAAUGCUAUAAUCAUACAUAAGUGAAAUGAGUGUAAAUGUAAUAUAUUAUUUUAUACUGCUGUAUACAUAUGAAAUAAAUAAAACUAGGAUACAUAUUA